AUGCACAGAAUCCGGAGAAAGCGCAAGGUUUCGUCGGAGCUCGACCCGCGAUGGGGUGAUACGGCCAUUUCAUCGCCCAACGAGGGUUCCUGGAGCCAGUACGGAGCCUCAGCAGGGACCAGCCCGGUAUCCGCCAGCUCUUCUGAUCGCGAUCAUGGCCCCAAGCACGGCUCUGGAGAGUCGUCUCGGCCACAUAUAAUCAGAGGCGAGGAUGCGAGAUCUCGAAAUGAGGUCCCUGUUAAUUCAUUGAACAUGCCGACAGGCUACUACGACUCGAAACUACGACGUCAAAAGACGAAACCGCGCCUCCCGAAAGCGCAGCCUGUCCAGCCAAAACCUAUCACUCUACCAAAAUCCUGGGAAAAGAAGGAUUUUGAAGACGAUUCGGCGGACGAAGCUGGCGACAAUGUUUCCACGCUGGGGUCCCCGCGGAGGCUCGGAAGAGAUGAUGCCCACUCUCGUGGAUCGAAAUCGCCGCCAUUAUCAGUCACUUCCCGGAUGCGGCGCCAUAGCGGCCAGAGCACGACUCCAGACCCGAUCUUCUCGGUGCCUGUGACGGCGAGCUCGCAGCGAACCAGUUUCAGCGCCGACGAUCCUCGACUCGCGCAACAUACACCGCUACAACUGCUGCCUGACAAGAAGCCUCAGAAGGGGCUAAAGGUUCGUGACGCGGUCCCGAACACUGCAUCGCAGGAACUGGUCCCUUCGUACGACGAUCUGUAUGGCUAA